GUCACUUCGGAGAUUUGUCCAGCUGAGAUGUUCCGCCCGUUGUUGUGCUGUGUUACAAAGAAGUUUUGUCUGAUAAAGUCAAUGAUCUCGGACUGAGAUGCUUGUAGCCGGUUCGUUUUGCAGAUUUUAAUGCAGUCGAGGUAUACUUUUUGGCGGGAGACACUCCACGUGGGCUUGCAGCGCUCAGCUGAAUGACUCAAUGCAUGAGGCCCCAUAUAGCCUUGCAGAAGUUUUUAAAGGUGUAAACAGGUUGUCAGCUUCUGACAAGUUGGAUCUUUUGCGGCCGUCUCUUCUGGUUCCAAAGGCUGUCCUACAUGUCAUUGAUAGGCUGCUCGCCUUCUGCAAUUUCGUAGUUAUGUCCGCCCUCGGGGCGCACACGACGCUGCUUCGACUGGGCGGCUGCAGACAAUUUUUCCAGAGAGCAGCAGCUCGGUCACCCCGCAAAACUUGUCUUUCUACCGCCGGUGGUGGUAUAGCCGGGUUUAUUGCACAGCGGAAGUGCGCGCCGAGCCUGCUGAAAAGUGAUGCACUGUUCGGGGCUCCCGGCGGCCGGCUGUUGAAGCACUCGGGAUUUGGACUUGAGGGCCUCCCAGGGAUGGCCUCAAAGCGGCUGCAGCCUUCAGACUCACGGGACAAGUCGCUGCGCCCCAACGCAAGCACGUCGCUAACUAGUAUGAGCCCGUCUCAGCCGGGCGGCGAAUGGCAGAGGCCACACACGAAGAAAAGAGAGGGUGACCGGGCGCACGCCGGAAAGGGGGGGUUGAAAGAGGGGGUAAAAGAGCGGGGGGAAAAGCGGUCGAAGGGGGCCGAGCGGACGUGGGAGUUUGAAGAGGAGUUUGAGGAGGAGCUAGUGGCGGACGCCCCGUUCAUGGACGCAGUUGUUAAGGUCUACUGCACCCACACAGAGCCAAACUACUCCCUCCCUUGGCAAAAGAAGCGGCAAUACUCGUCGACGGGGUCCGGGUUCAUGUGCGCAGGGCGGCGAGUGCUGACAAACGCGCAUUGCGUAGAACAUCACACACAGGUGAAGGUAAAGCGACGGGGUGACGACACCAAGUUCGUUGCAACGGUGUUGGCGAUCGGGACAGAGUGCGACAUUGCACUGUUGACUGUGGAAGACGAGGCGUUUUGGCGGGAUGUCGAGCCGCUCAACUUCGGAAGCUUGCCGCGGCUGCAGGAUGGAGUAACCGUUGUCGGGUAUCCGAUCGGGGGCGACACGAUCUCGGUGACGAGCGGCGUCGUAUCGCGAAUCGAGGUGACUAGCUACGUGCAUGGGUCGACUGAGCUGCUCGGGGUGCAGAUCGAUGCGGCCAUCAACUCAGGUAACAGCGGCGGGCCCGCGUUCAACUCCCGGGGGGAGUGCGUCGGCAUCGCCUUCCAGUCGCUCAAGUCGGAGGACGCAGAAAACAUCGGUUACGUCAUCCCAACCCCCGUCAUCAACCACUUCUUAACCGACUUCGAGCGGAACGGGCAGUACACGGGUUUUCCGGCGCUAGGCAUUGCGUGGCAGCGAAUGGAGUCGCCAGCGCUUCGGCAGUCGCUGGGGCUGCGGAAUGAUCAAAAAGGAGUGCUGAUACGGAGACUGGAGCCGACUUCGUUUGCCUACAACGUGCUCAAGGAGGGCGACGUCAUCCUGAGCUUCGACGGAAUUCCGAUUGCAAACGACGGAACCGUGCCGUUCCGGUCGGGGGAGCGGAUAUCGUUCGGUUACUUGGUUAGUCAAAAAUACACGAGUGAGACGGCGACGCUGCGGGUGUCGAGACAAGGGGAGGAGGUGGACGUGGACGUGCGAUUAAGAAUACCCAAAAGACUGGUGCCAGUACACAUCUUCGGAAAGAACCCUUCUUACUUCAUCAUUGCGGGACUCGUCUUCACGCCGGUUUGCCAACCGUACCUAGAGUCUGAGUAUGGAAGCGACUACGAUUACGAUACACCAGUAAAGCUUCUCGACCGGAUGCUGCACGGCAUGGCGCGCAGCGACGACGAGCAAGUAGUCGUGUUGUCCCAGGUAUUAGCACAUGACGAGAACAUCGGUUACGAGGACCUGAGCAAUCGGGUCGUGAUCCGGCUUAACGGCGUUGAGAUCCGGAACAUCAAGCAGUUGGCCGAGCUGGUAGAGAGCUGUCAAGACCCGUUCCUGAAGUUUGACCUAGAGUACAACGAGAUGCUUGUCCUGGAAAACGCAGCGGCACGGAGGGCGACCGCGCAGGUGUUGCAAGAUCAUUGCAUACCGUCCGCUCGAUCCGCGGAUCUUGUUUCCACACCCGUAACGGAAGUGGAAGAGAAUACGGAGAACGGCAAGCCUGCUUGAUGGCAAGGUCGCCUUUUGUAGCAUGCGCCGCGGCAAAUUUGGUUUGGCAAGACUUUGAUAAUCUGGUUGAGAAGCAGCUAGCUGGUAUUGCAAUAAUUGUUCACAAGAUCGAUGGGGCUAAUAAACCAAUGCAGGUUCUUAGCCUGCUCUCAUGCUGCACUAGUUUUUUUGUGCGAUGGGUCGAGC